AUGAACUCUAAGAAACGAGGAAAGGUGAAAAGAUGUGAUACUAGUGGUGGAGAGUCGCAACCGUCACCAUUUGAAUUGGAAGUCUGCAAGUAUUUGUACAGGAACUUGCCUUCAAGCGAGGGUCGCCUUGGUGGAUGCUGCGUUAACUACUUUUAUGCCAGUAACGCAGUGGAAUGCCUUUUACAGUCAAAGUGGGCUGAUCCUCUAGCAAAGGUGAAGCAUCCUGGCUCUGUACAAUUUUCCAACUCGGACGUUGUUGUUCGGUUCAUGGGAAAACUUUUGGAAAAGAAAUUGAUUGGAAGCAUCGGUACCUCAACGUCGCCAAAGAAGUCUUUGGGGACGACUCGCUCAAUCGGGACAAAAAACUCGAAGUCUUCUGUCGCAAAAGAGAUCUCAUUUAUGUCGUACUUUGUUUCCUCCUCUUCUUCGUGUGUUGCGGGAAAGCGCAAGAAGCCCGCUCGGCUGGAGUACACGGUGGAUCAGGUUUUCGUUUUGGACGAUGAGGGUGAGGAUGAGGUGGUUUAUGUGUGGAUCUACGAGGCGCCCCCCAGCCUCAUAACGUGGCUCCUUGGUUUAGCAAUGAUUGCCGGCGUCAUCGCGUGCUGUGCCUUCCCGAUGUGGCCCUGGCAGGCUCGGCAAGGUGCAUACUAUGCCACUUUGGUCGCAUUCACACUCCUUGGCUUUCUUCUCUUCCUGGCCACACUGCGCGCCUUGAUGUACACCCUUCUCCUACUCCUCUCUCUUGGGCGUCUGCGUCUUUGGCUCUUCCCCAACCUCUUUGCUGACUGUGGCUUCUUUGAGUCCUUCCAACCUCUCUACACUCUCGACCGAGUGACUGUUCCUACUCCCAAUUUUGUCACUGACAACACGGGAGAGAAGGAAUGA